AGGGCAGAGCUGAGCUAGAAGCCAAGGCAGAGACCAAACCCUCGUGUUAUCCAAUCAGAAUGGGUUACCCUAAUAAGUAUUUCCUUUGAUCCAAUAGUAAAGCAGAGCAUCAUGAAUUAUUAAUUAGGUCACAAAUCGGUCACUGUUCACGAGGAGUAGUCUAGUGAAAAUAUUAACCACUCAGAUCAGAAACUGCAGAAAUGGCGAAGGCGAUAUACCUUGAACAUUACCUCGACAGUAUUGAAAACCUGCCCUGUGAGCUUCAAAGGAACUUCACCCUGAUGAGAGAACUGGAUAGUAGAACUGAAGAGAAGAAGGGGGAGAUUGAUAAACUAGCUGAGGAGUACAUUGCAAAUGUGCGGACGCUGGCAUCUGAACAGAGGGUGGAGCACCUACAGAAAAUCCAGAGUGCCUACAGCAAAUGCAAAGAAUACAGUGAUGAUAAAGUACAGCUUGCCAUGCAGACAUACGAGAUGGUUGAUAAACACAUCCGGAGGCUGGACGCAGAUCUGGCAAGAUUUGAGAAUGAGCUGAAGGAGAAACUGGACGUGACUGGCUACGAGAGUCCAGAUAACCGCUCAUUAAAGAAGGGGGGACGAGGUGGACUGAAGGAGAAGAGAGGCCCGAGGGGCAGAGGAAGGAAAGGAUCAGAUGAGGACUCGCCACAGAAGAAGAAAAUCAAAAACAGCCCUGAAUUUGGAGACUCUCUGUUGUCAGUGCAGCCAUCAGACGUCUUGGACAUGCCAGUGGAUCCCAAUGAGCCAACGUACUGUCUGUGCCACCAAGUGUCGUACGGGGAAAUGAUCGGCUGUGACAAUCCUGACUGUCCGAUUGAGUGGUUCCACUUUGCCUGUGUUGACCUGACCACAAAGCCCAAAGGAAAAUGGUUUUGUCCACGCUGUACCCAAGACCGGAAGAAAAAAUGAAACUUGUAUUUGUGAAGCUGAAAGAUUACUUUUAUAUGACAAUAUAUUUAAUAUAUGUAUUUUGGUUAUGUAGUAAAAUAGUGUAAUAUAUAGAUAACGACAUACUAUACAUACAAAGAUAUACAUAAAAUGACCAUAUUCCCUAAAAUGUGGUCAGAUAAAAGCUUUUUUUUUUUCUUCUUCGUUUUUUUUUUUUAAGUACUUGAAUUGUCCUUUUUAUUUGAGCAGGACUGAGUGGGAGAGCUAUACAGUCAUUUUAAUUUGCAUCCAUGCCUAAAUGCUCAUAUUUUUACUUGCACACUCUUAAUUGGAUGAUUUUUCAUUUUAAUCACAUGAGAAAAAGCAGCACAUGUGGUCUCACCUAACUAUGAAUAUACCACUUGCACUUGUCAGUAGUCAUUUAUUAAAACCCACAAAAGAGACAGGCAUACAGUACGUUUUAACUCAACUCCGUCCAAGUGAGCACACCAAAAUAACUAGAGAAACCUCGGCUCUCACUCGUCUGCCUCAUGAAUGUAUUGGAUUAAGUGUAAUCCUGGGCAGACCUGCUGUAACUUUUCCAGAAAAAUAAAACAAUCUGGAUGCACUUUUGUAAGCACUGCUGUUAAGCGUAAUAAUAAUGAUUAUGAUGAACAGUACACCAUUUAAGUGAUUUCAGAAAUAAUCGGUGUUGUAUGAUUUAAUCGCAAACGAGACGUUUGUUUAACUGCAUGGGAAACGAUGCAUUUAGAGACCCUGUACAAUUUCCUGUUGAAAUGGCAAAAUGCAGAUAUCUUACCAAAGUUUACUCUGGCCAAUGUAUUGAUGUGCUUAUGCCAUGUUGGUUGUGUCAUUAGCCCUGUUGCAUAAAUGAUAUACCGUACACAAGUUAUGUCGGGCUGUUUUGGCCAUGCUUAAAUGUUUUGUUAGACCAAAUGUGAAUAUUUUAUAUAAGCUGCAGUUGGAAAUUAGACUCAUGCUAGUGGCACAUUUAGUGAAAUGUUAUAUUUUUUUCUAAUACUGGAAAAGAUGUACUGACACUUGCAGCUAACUUGUGCUACAUAAAGAGUAAAGUGAAUCGUAAUUAUUUAUUUUCAAUUGUUAAUGAGACAAUCAGGAGAGCACACAUUUUGUGGCGAAAGAGUAAACAUUUUGCUCAAAGGUAAUUCCACUGCUGUUCACCAUAUGUGUUUCUCCUACAUUUCACACUUUUUCUGUACUUGUCCUACUGAAAGGGGUACUUUUUGUAUUUAUCAAAAUGGGGCAUACAAAUUUUCACGUCACUGAGAAUAUACGAGUGUCCUUUUUCAAAGAGCACUGUAGAGAAUGAGUGACCAUUUUAUAUAUCAGUGUUUCAUAUGAGAUAUCAAGAAAUAAAAUAUUUACCAUUAUU